UGGACUAGCCGCUGAACAUGGCGUACGCAACGUUUUGGAAGGUGGCAGCCGCCUCCUGCCUCAUCCUGUGUGUUUCGCUGCUGCUGCCCAAGCUGUUCCUCUCGCGGGGUUGGUUUCGGCAACAAGAGUUUGGCACCACCGCCCUUCCGCCCACCACGACGGAGGGAAAGACAAGCCGGCUUUCACCAACAAUGCAACAUCAAGUGUCUCCAGAAAUCAGGCCACCAGCUACCAGUUUUCCAAGGUCUCAUCUAGCGGAAGCAGUUGCCAAGGCCAAGGGAGGUGGAGGAGGCAUUGGUGGCGGAGGAGGUGGUAGUAGUGGCAGUGGAAGAGGUCUUGUGGGACAAGUCAUACCAAUAUAUGGAUUUGGAAUCCUUUUAUACAUUCUGUACAUUCUUUUUAAGCUUUCUUCUAAGGGGAAAAUCACAACAGCUGAACGGAAGUGUCCCCCUUCGGCACCUGGCACUGUGAACAGGAAAAUCACUGAUUAUGAGCUAGCCCAACUCCAAGAUAAGCUGAGACAGACUGAAGAAGCUAUGGAAAAAUUAAUUAAUAGAGUGGGACCCAACUGUGAAAGGAAGAUGGCCACAGUAUGUACUGGAGAGUCCCAGCACACUCAAAGCAGUGCCCAAAAUGCCACUACUGACCAAGAGAAAAGACUGCUUCAGCAACUCCGGGAAAUUACAAAGGUCAUGAAAGAAGGCAAACUCAUAGAUGGUAUCUCCCCAGAGAAAGAAGCUGAAGAGGCAGCAUACAUGCAGGACUGGGAAGGUUAUCCAGAAGAGACCUAUCCUGUCUAUGAUAAUUCUGAUUGCUUAAAGCACAGACGGGACACUGUGCUUUUGGAGUACCCUGACCCAAGACAACCUUCUGCUGAAGAGCUAGCUGAGAGAAUGGAGUUUGUGGAUGAUGAAGAUUGUGCAUGUAGUGAAACGCUUUUGUCUGCUCUUGCCACAGUGAAUGAUAAGCUUGUGUCAAGACAAGAGGAGAACCACCAAACCACAUUCACUGAUCACUGUCAGGCAGGACAGAACUUUGAAAAAUGCCACUGUUGUCACUAUGAAGAGGAUGACCCUGCUGUUAUAGCAGAGAAUGCAACAUUCUCCUUUGAAAGCUGCAGUGAAACAGAAGAGCUGGCCCAAGAAGAGCUGCUAGUGGAUUCUGACCUUGAAAACACAGCACCCAAAGACCAAAAUGAUGCAACUCCUGACAAAAUUGGCAUGCUGAGAAAGCGAACCACAAGGGGACUUGAGGUGUUGGGAAAGUAAGGAUUGUGCAGUCACAUCACUUCUGCAGACGUUCAUCAUUGCUUGCAGAAAAAAGCUUAUCUUCUGCAUUGUGUUCCAGCAGCCACCAGGGCUUUGCAACUCCUGCUUACUUGCAAUUGGUGAUACUCUUUGCAUGCUAGCUAGCACAGGGUUAAUAGUACCGCUGCCUUGCUUGCUGUAGCCUCUCCAGGAAUUAACACUGUAAUUACCCAACUGCUUCCAGACAUCCUUCCUUUUAGCUUGCCAUGUUCUGGGCUGAAGCAUAACUUCACUGCAUCCUUCAUUGUUCUAUAAAGUCAAAACAGUAAGAAUUUUCCCACUAAAGUUCUAGCUGUUUGGCAAAUAUGUUAAUAUUCAAAGAGCAGAAUGGCUAGGCAGGAUGAAGUGGCCCGGAUGUCACCCACCAAGUUUCAUGGCAAUGUAUGAAUCUGAAACUGGAUCUCCCAGUCCCAGUCCAACACUCUUCCCCUUACACCACGCUGACUCUUGAAAGCUUCUUUGAGAAAAAAAAUACUAUUCCAACAUUCACUUUCAUGCAACAGUCUUUUUUUGCGUAUAGACAAAAUAUUUCCCUAUAAAUUAGAUGAGCGACUAUCUCCUUUUCUACUGAAAUUCACAAAUUCAUCAGGAUACCUCAUUCUGUAGAUUAUUAAUGCACAGUUAGGGGGAAUUAGCCUAUCCAUUUCACCUGGUUCAUGGUCCAGAAUCUGGAUUAUGAUUCACAGCUUGUACCACACAAUUUUAUAACUUUACAACAAAUACUUUCAAAAUUCACUUUGGCAUGUGAAUGCUCAGGUGUCAGACAUUCCCCCCCCGUCAACAAUUAAUUGAAUAUGGCAGAGAACAAAGGAGCUGACAACAACCAGUAGUUGCUAUUUGACACAUUGGUUAGAAGCAUCUGCAGGAAACCACAUCAAGAAGCUGAUUCUGCAGCACACAGCACAACCCCAGGGGAAGCCCCAGGGAGGGAACUUCAAGGGUAAUGUGACAAGGAAAGGUGCAAGAUAAAACAGCUAUCAUUAAAAGUAUUAUAACUGUAAAGUAUAACUAAUUUUAUAUUAUUAGUCUUCUCUGACACUCAAACCACAUGCUACAGUUAAGUACAGUUUUUCUCAAAUUCUUUUUUUUCUUUUUAUUAACCGUAGACGUAGGCUGUACUCUCUGGAGUGGAAGAUGGCCUGUGUGUGUGAUUGUGUUUCUUGAUGCUUUUCCCACCCACAGCUUUUCAGUUGGGUACAAAUUGGGUUCCAAUUGUACAAACGGGAACAACUUGAACAGGAUAAGUUGCCCCAACAGCAUUCUGCAGCAUUCCUCACACCCUCAAAAGCUGCUGCUGAAGGUUGGGGGCCCUCCAAAACAGGGAGGGAAGUGUGACCGGGCUGCAGUGGAAAGGGGGGGAAUUACCAGAAAGGGGGGAAUUACCAGAAUUACCCUUUCACACAUACACACUUGCAUGGGUCAUUGCUCCUUUCUUUUUCUUCUUAAUUACUGUUUCACGACCAAAAGUUAUAAACAGCCAAAUUGCUCCUUUCAUGAAGGUAUUUUUACAAGAGAGAGGAUGGACAAUUUCUGCUGCCUUUGUUGCUGAGGCUCCUCAUACCGUAUGAAGGGGUUUUAUUUAUCAGUUACAAUUGUUGUAAUUAAUUUGCUGUCUUUUUCCUGCUAUAAAAAUUCUGCUUGAAAAGAGACACAUCAGCAAUGAUAAAGACUAAUUUCUCCUUUGUUAGUCCUUUACUAUGUAACAUAGUAACCAUAUAAUGCUUUAAUACAUCGUACAGAUGUAAGUGUCCCCUUCUUUUUCCAGUGGAUAGCAGGGGAAGGUCUGGAGGCAGUUCUUAAGCUGAUUUUUCAGGUUAAUUCAAAAUGUGGGAGUACUUCAGAGUGGUGACUGAUUGCAACAAUUCUCAUGUUUCCAGCCAGAAAUGGAGGGAGAAAUGUUUCCUCUAAAACAUUACUGUUUUUAUUCUAACUGGUAAGAAUACGUUACAUUUGAAAUGUGGUGCUGGAGGAGAGUUUAAUGGAUAUGGACUACCAAAAAGACAAGUUGGUUCUAGAUCAAAUCAAGCCUGACUGCUCCCUAAGCCGAAAUGACAAAAAUGAGGCUAUUGUACUUUGAUCACAUCAUGAGAAGACAAGACUCUGGAAAAGGCAAUAAUGCUAGGGAAACUUGAAAGUAGUAAGAAAAGAGGAAGACUCAACAUGAGAUGGCUUGAAUGAAUAAAGGAAGUCACAUCCUCCAGUCUGAGAGACCUGAGCAAGGCUGUCAGUGAUAGGAUGUUUGAAGAUCAUUAAUUCAUUGUCUCGCCAUAAAUCAGAAGCAACUUAAUAGCAUAUAACACACACAACAAGAAAGGAAAUAGUAGCACUGUAUGUGUAUUAAAGUAAUCUCUGUAGCUUCUGCUACCAUGAUGGAACCCAACUUGUGGAAACUAAAACCUUCAUGCUAGGUCUGAUUGAUCUACAGGAACUUUUCUAUUUAUCAGUUUCUAUUCCAGGAAUGUGUGUGUUGGGUUACUUUCAAUCUUCAGGCUUUCAGCAAAACCUGCCUUUGUGAAAUGUUCACUGGUUCAGCACCAUUUUAUGGCCCAUAUUGGAAUUUGCCAUAUCCUACUUUGAAAUUUAAUUACAAAGGUAAAGGAUAAUAGUAGAGGAAAUAUUGUAUUUUCUCUGAAUAUUUAUUGCUACCAUAUUUAUUUUAUGUGAGUAAAACCUUUGUACAUGUGUUUUAUUUGUACUUGUGUUUGUUGUUUGUGACAUAAUAGAAGGCUGGAAUGAACUACAGUUUGUUUUUAGGACUGAUGUGCAACAUGGGUAGAAAAUUAGCAUAAGAAUUUUUUAGCAGAAUUAAGGUAUAAUGAUAAACAUUCCUAUGUUGAAUUUCUGCCUGUCAUACUACUGUCACAAAUUCAGGAACCUUGCCAGAAAGAAGCAAUAUUGAAGUGUAGAAUGUGUUUUCUUCCACAAAUAUGGAUUGGAUCACAGUGCUUUUUAUGGAUACAAGUGAGAGGAGGGCCCCUUUUAAGCUUUGGAAGGACUGCAGCAAUGGGGAAAAUUGGACAAAAUCAGCUGGUAGUAUCCAACCUUAAAGCUGGUAGUAUCCAACCCUAAAGCCUUUUGUUGCUGCUCCUUUUCCACAAUGGGCUACAAUCAACUGUAUAUUUCCUAUAAAAAUCUGGCAGAGCCUAUACCUAUGAAAACCAAGUAAAUUCUGUAUAACAAAGAUCCCACUUCUUGCAAUUGUCCCUUUUGAGUUUUAUUACUUUCCUGUUUUGCUUUGUAGCAUAAUCAUGAACACUUUUGCCUCUCUAUGUAUUAUUUUUUUUCUUUUCAUGAUUGUAAUCUUAUAAUUGUGAUAAUAAAGAAUUAACACAUUUUUUUUUUGCAACGAGAGAAGCAAUAUCUGAAGUCUCUGCCCCCAAAGGAGCAAGAACUGAUUAAGAAUCCUUUCAGGAAUACCUGAUGGGUAUUCAGGAAUUAAAUAAAUAGGCUAAGAAGUGAAAGCUGCUUUGAAACAACAGCAUAGGGAAAGAAGAAAAUAUAAAGGAGCAGUAGCACCAGGAAAGCCAUAGUAGUACUUUGUACGUUCACAUAUAGACUACUGGUGCUGUGUUUGCACUUCCAAGUGGAACUAAAUCAUUGCCGAUCAGAUUGAGAAAACAGCAACAGAACAUAUGCUGGGAGCAAUGAGUUGAUGACAAUGCCACUGUGACUUUGUGUAGAAAAUAUCUGUUCUAGAAUACACAGCUAGUAUGGAAGCAAUCAUUGUUAGAAAAGUGCAUUAUUUUAGGGUGCAUGGUAAAUAAGAA